CCCCUGCGAGGAAGUGGGAGAAAGAGAUGCCUGGAGCCCCGGGGAAGGAGGCAGAGGGAGAAGGGGGAGAAGAAGCAGCAGCAGCAGCAGCAGCAGCAGCAGAGGGCUCCUGGAGCCCCUUCGCAGGUGCGGGUAUCUGGAAAUUGGGUAAUUAAACAACCAUGGAAGGCAAGGGGCCUUAUCGUAUCUAUGACCCUGGUGGGCAGACCUACGAAGAAGAAUCUGCUGCCUUUAAGCAUCUGGUAGAAGAAAAUACCAAGCUGAAAGAGAAGAUGCAGGGGAUUAAAUCUCUAGGUAACGGGGAGCUGUUGGAAGAAUCUCAGUUAGAAGCAUCCAGAUUGCGACAGAAGGUGGAGAAUCUAGUGAAGGACAAUGAAAUUCUCAGGUCAACCUCCUCUCUUGAAAAACUUGCUGAAUUAGCAGGAGAGAUCCCAGAACUUUGUUCUUCCUCAGACGUUCCGGAUGAAGAUAAGAAGGAAAUGGAAAAAGCCACACAGAAGCCAUCUUCCAGUGGCUCUUCAUCUGAGUUUGAAAUUGUGGGAGCUGAUGAUAAGAGGUCUUCCCAGGACAGCAGCAGGAAAUCUGGCAUAGAGUCACUUCCCAAUGAGGACACCAACCUUACAUUGCACCUUCAACGCUUGGAAACCACCCUUAGCCUCUUUGCUGAGGAGUCGGAUAAAACACAGCUCUUUGCCCACUUGGGGCGCAUGGCUUUGGAAUUCAACCGCCUGGCCUCCAAAGUGCACAAGAAUGAACAGAGGACAUCUAUUCUUCAGGUCCGAAGGCUUCUGGCAUUAUGUGAGCAAUUGCGGAAUGAGAAUGAAGAGCUGAGAACAAAGUUGGAGAAGGAACUGGAGCAAAGGAAUCAGAUCUCUGAGAAACUGAGGUGUGAGAAUCUGGAACUCAGGAAGAUGGUGAUGAUGGGCAGCAAAGAAGGAAUGAAAGCAGAAGGUGUUGAAUGUGCAGGACAGCAACAGAAGGGAGCAGCAGAGGAGAAAGUGACAGGGAAAAGUAUGUUGGGGACGAGUGAAAAGAAAGUGAAGAUACUGGAGCAUCAGCGCAAUGAGCUGCUGGAGGUGAAUAAGCAAUGGGAUCAUCAUUUCAGAUCAAUGAAGCAACAGUAUGAGCAGAAGAUAACAGAUCUACGGCAAAAGCUUGCAGACUCCCAGAAGGCCCUGUGUGAAAUGGAGGCUGAGCGAGAGCAGAAGCAGAGGGAUUUUGACCGUAAACUUCUCCUGGCAAAAUCCAAGAUUGAAGAGGAAGAGGCAGAAAAGGAGAGACUUAAUGUAGAGGUAAAGGACCUAAAACAGAGAGUAAAGUUGCUUCAGGAUCAGUUGACUCCAGUCAUCAGACAAAGAGAAUACCAAGAGAAGGAGAUUCUUCGGCUCAAUAAGGCCUUAGAAGAGGCCCUGAACAUUCAGGCCUCUGCUCCUUCUGCUUUCAACAGUCCCACUGACCCUGCUAUAAAUAUCCGACAGCAAGAAGUGAUAACCCAAAAUGAGCUCCUGAAACAACAGGUGACGAUAUUUGAAGAGGACUUCCAGCGAGAACGGAGUGACAGGGAGAGGAUGAAUGAGGAGAAGGAAGAGCUCAAGAAGCAGUUGGAGAAGCUUCAGAAGCAGUUUAUACUUACCAGCAACCAGCUGAGGACUGUUAAAGAGGAAUACCAUAAAGAGAAAGAGGAGAAAGACAAGUACAAGAAACUGCUGAAACAGCAUAAACAGCAUUCUGGUGACAAACUCCACCCAGAUUCAACGCAGCCAGGGCCGAUGGCCCCAGUCUGUCCCAUCUACCAGUUCCCGUGCAGCCCUCCAGCUCAACCACACCUAUAUCGUGGUUACGAGGAUUGGCAGCAGAUCAGAUAUCCACCUUCAGCCUUGGCAAAUGAACAACCUCCAGUUCAGAAUUAUUACCGUUUCCCUCCUCCAGAAUAUGGUUGGUACCAACCACCCUGUGUUCUGUCACAAAAUCAGAAUUUACAAGCAGUGGAUGGUGUUAAACAACUCCCCAAGGAAUCAGACCCUACAGAUCUUGGAUUACCAAAAAAACCAACGUCCUGCUUAGUCUGUCUGGUGCUGUAUGUAAGCAUCAAAAGUGCAGUUGCAGAAUUCAGGGAAAAGCCAGACAACUGGGAACAGGACCCAUGAGAAACUGGUCAAGACAUUUCACACCAGUGACCUUCAAGCCUAUGAAAAGACAAGCUGUGACAUGCUAAUAUGUAUCAUAUUUUUUAUAUUCUGUCUUGAGUAUCAGUCUCCUGUGGGAAGGUGGCACUGGACCUUUCUCUCAACAUCUAUUUAUUUAUUUAUUUAUUUAUUUAUUUAUUUUUGCGCAGAAUUGUUCCUACUCCACACUGCUUUCCUUCAGUGUUCCACAAUGAAGUUUACCUAUCUAGUAACUUCUAACUUUAGGGCAGUCCGGCUCCCCCACCCCUUUCCAAUCUUUGUUUUACAUAACUAAAGCACAUUGGCUUUAACUAUGGUCUACUUUUCCAGGAAGAGAAGUUGGAAACUUCAUCUCUUAGAAGAAAGGAAGAUAGGAAGACAGUCUUUUACUAACAGCAAAAGUCUGCAGCACAACCACCCAUGGGUGUCACUAGGGGGUGCAGGGAGUUCAGAAUGCACCAAGUGACACCCUAAAGGGUUUGACACCACUGUUCCCCACAGAAACAGGCUGCGACAUUCACCUGCAUCCCUUUCAAGGGUUGGAGCUCAAUGCAAGAGAUGAUGUGAGUGAGGCACGGCUCAGUGAGAUGAGAAAAAAAGGCCCCAGGUUUUUUUUAAAUUUUUUUUAAUUUGUUUAAAAAACAAAAUUUUAAAUUCUUUAAAAUUUUCCUUGCAUUUUCUAACAAAUUUUCAC